AGGCCAGCGAUUGGUCAAGAGCUAACAGAAGGCGUAAUACAUGACACGACAGCUGAUAGCUACGGUCAGUCGAUAGUACGCCAGCUUGACCAAAGCUUCCAGCCGUAGCGGUCAACGGACGAAUCCGUGUCGCCUCUCCGUAAGGUAUUACAUAAUCAGCCCAUCAAUAAAUCCAUUUCAAGAGCUAUAUUCCACCAGAAAGCAAAUAGAGAAUGCCAUGUACACAUGCGUUUGUUUUAACACGCAUAUUCAGUCGUCAUAAAUAAUUACAGGGCCGUUUCCCGAUGCAGUGAUCUUGCGAUUUGGAUUGAACUAAGGACUGACGAUUUAUUUCUUUUUGCUUCAGUAGAAUGUUCGUAGAGUAAUGUUCAAAUCUUCGCAUUCUCGUCUUGUUUUGUGAAUUGAAUGCUUAAUUUUGGUGAAAAAUUGCAAGCAGUUAUUUAUCUACAAUCAUUCGCCAACGUAAACAAUUUAGAAAGAUAAACAUUUCACCAUUUCGUCUUGGAAAGUUAAGAAGAAUGACGCAUAUUCUCCAUACAAGAACGAUGGCAGGAAUUCAUCACAAAUGAUUUAUCUCUCGGACUUAGACAACUUCAGGAGCAUCUUAAUUUGAGGACCUGAUUUCGUUGACUUGGAAUAGUUGGGGGUAAGAGACUGGGGGUCUUUAUGGGUCUUGAGACGCACGGCUCGGCGGCCGCGGCGGGGACGGUUCAGGAAACGAUGAGUCAACUGGAUUCCAAGUCCAUAGAUACACCGUGUACACAAGAGAGCAAGUUUGAGAAAUGUAUUGGUUGUUCCAAGCCUAUAGUUGAUCGAUUCUUAUUGAAGAUUGGGCGUGGUCUUAGCUGGCAUUCAUCGUGUCUUCGAUGCCUGGAAUGUGAGGAGAGUCUGAGUUCACAUCAGAGCUGUUACUUCAAGGACCAGAAUGUAUUCUGCAGGAGAUGCUAUUCCAGAGAGUUCGGCACCAAGUGUGCCCGGUGCCUUCGGAGCAUCGACUCAAGCGACUGGGUUCGGAGGGCGAGGGAGCACGUCUACCAUCUCGCUUGCUUUGCUUGCGACAACUGCAAGAGACAACUCUCAACGGGGGAAGAGUUUGCCAUGAUUGAGAAUAGGGUGUUGUGCAAGUCGCAUUAUCUCGAGUUGGUGGAAGCAACAUGCCGCAGCAACGGAGACGGAAGCGGUUCGGAGUAUGGAGGUGACGGAAGCGGUAGCGAACGUCCACAGCAAAAGACCAAGCGAAUCCGAACAACUUUCACCGAGGACCAACUCGAAGUGCUGCAAGCGAACUUCAACGUGGAUAGCAAUCCAGACGGGCAGGACCUCGAACGUAUCGCCCAGAUCACCGGGCUGAGUAAGCGUGUCACACAGGUCUGGUUUCAAAACUCACGGGCACGGCAGAAGAAACACAGCACACCGCACGGUAUGGAGACAGGCGGGAAGUGCACGCCCGGAGGGAUGGGGAGCGGUGGCGGCACAGGUGGUGGUGAUGGUGUUGGACUGACCGGAUCGGACGGGUACAACGGGGGAAGUGGUGGAGGUAUGUCACUCGCCGUGAGGAAAUCAUCCCCUUUGCAGCCAAAAUUUGUCGAUAUGUUGGAAUCCUGCGGGAAAUGUGGAAUGAUCUACUGCCUCUGUGAGAAACUCGCCAUCUCUUCCUCAUCAUGACAUAAUCACGUGACACGAUCACCUGAUGCAAUCACCUGAUACAAUCACAUGUCACCUGCAAGAAAGCACAAAAAAACAAAGACUAGAACCUUCUUAUGUGGAGGAGAUGAGAGAACGUUUUAUCUCUCGAAAAUUAUGGAGAAAUUAUACAUAAGAAUGAAAAUAUCCAAAGCAAAGGACAUUCUGCAUAAUUCUUCAGGAAACAGUGUAAUACUUGUCAUCAAUUUUUUCUGUUGAUCGAAACAAAAGGGAGAGGGAGGGGGUAGACGGAAAGGAGCUUUUACUGGUGAUAGGUAUAUAGUGUCACUACAUGAUAAUGUAUCAUAAUUAUUAUAUUUAUGUUUUAAUGGAAGUUUCAGUGCAAUAUUAAAGCUUGUAGGUAAAUGUUGUUGACAUACAGUAUUUUUUCUGCCAUAACCUUCAAAUCUUUAUUGUAUAUAUACAAUUUUUGUUUUCCAAAUGUGAUCUAUUCUUGUGAAGUUUGUUUUUAAGAUUAUAUGUUUCACCGAGAAAUUAGAAUUUAUUACACAUAGGCACAAUACCAAAGUUCUCUCUUCAUUUCUUUUUGUUGCAAAAACAUGAAUUUGUUGUCACUCACGCACAAUAAGCUUGUUUUGUACAGAAAAUGAUUAUAUUUAUAGAAAGAAACUUUUUUUUUCACAAUCUUUGAGAUAAAGGGAGGAUCGAGAGAGGGUGGAGGGGAUAUAGGAAAGAAUGCAAUGGCGAGAAAGAGAGUGAUGAUAAAGAGAUGGGUACUAAUAUUGUGGGGGCGGGAAUGGGGGUUUACGCAAGUGAAAAAUUUCAAGAUUAAGUUACGGUAAAAUCGACAUUAUUAUAGGGGCGGAGAAAGAGUUAUAUGCCAAGAUAGCCUGCGACUGUAUGAGCGCCAUAGUAUUCUAGUUAUCAAGUAAAAAUUAUCUGAAUUCUAUCAAAAUAUUAUUUUAUUUAGAAUAAUAGUUCUCAAAUAAAAAUUGAACCUACAAUCUAGUUAAAUAGUGGACGAGAACCUAGUCAUUUUGACCAGAUUGUGGUGUCAUUUUCGACGAGAGUCAUACCAAUCAGUCAAUGACCUGCAUUUUUAGAUUCCUUUCUCAUCAUGACAUUAGACGUGCAUCGAAACUAAAGUACAUUCACUGGUACGAGCCAAAAGUGCGAUGGCGCCAAAAAUACAUAUUGCAUUGGUUUUCAAACGUUGGGUGUGUUAAUCGAACAAAUAAAUCUAUACAAAACGAUCGUUUAAAAAUUUUGAUAUGGCAGGACAAGGCCAAUUUCCGUUUAAAUAUUGGUUAAAACAAAGUCAAUCGAUGAGUUUUUAAAAGUACGCUAUGGGGUCAUGCGAAGCGACGAACAGCUGUUGUCAGUUUGGUCCUGUGCGCAGGUGAUCUGCGCAACGUUACGUAAUCUCAUCCCGGAUUCAUAUUUUGUUUCUUCGUCUAUGUUUUUUGUAUCGAUUCUUCAGUGAUGUGUAAAAUUUAUUUUCAUUUACAAAUCAAUGAAAGGUUGUUUCACUUUUCGCAAACAACCAUUUGAGACUGUUGUUUAAUCAUAAAUGAGAUUGGUCAAACUUAUCAAUACGUCCGGCCUCAUAUAUUGCAUGACCCAUUUUGAUUAUCAUCAUUAUUACAAAAACAAAAAUAUUGAGUUUAACCAUUCGGAUUUCGUCACAAUAUGCACCAAUACUUGGGUUAUUCAAAAACAUCACGUUUAUUUCUAAAUGUUGAAACUGCUUUUUUUACUAACAAAUUUCUUUAUUUGAAGGCACUUUCAUCUAAUCCGAUUUACAUAAAUAUGACCAUCACCUGUGUACAAUUUGAUAAAUACGUUUUUAUGUUUGUAAUAUUUUUAAAGUCUUGUUUGGUAUAAUUGCACUUUUCGAAGAAAAGUAUAUAUUGCUGAUAAUUAUGAUUGCUUAUUUGUUGUUGAAUUAGCAUGUACACUGUGCACAACUCUUAACGCAUCUAUUAUUUACGACGUAAUUUUACUUACUUAGUUACGAUCAUAAAUUGUGUUGUCAUUUCCAUAUAGUUAUCACGUUGGUCGAGACUUGAAUUUAAGAACUAAGGUUUGUAAACUAGAAUAUUCAACCAUUCAAGCGAAUUUAAAAAAUACUUAAAACAGCAGUUUGCAAAGUAUUACUUUGAAAACUUUUUUGUCGUGAAGUAUAUGAUCCCAGAUAAGUUUAAUAUUCAUUCUCCUUGUACGAAAGCCAUUUCGGUUGAUCUAUGCCCCGUUUCAUAAGGACUU